AUUUUAAGUUUGAUGUAUUUUGUAAACUMUGAAGACUUUUAAWUAGAUUUUCCGCACUAUUCCCAAAAACAUGUGGUCAGCGGUUUCACUAGCAAUGUCGACUCUACUGAAGUCUAGCAAGCGCAAAUUAAUGUCAGCUGGAAGUGGUUGCGMGAAAAGAUUGUUGAUUAAGGAACCGGGGUUUGGGGAAAACCUGAUUUCUAAUAGUAUCACUGGACUUUUCAAUGAAAACAUCGAUCCUGUACCUACUGGGAUGUAUUCGCUGCUACUGCCAGUCACUGAGGAGGACAUUAAGCAGACGAUAACAGAGCUGGAUCGAUAUUUGAACUACUCUCCUUCUACCACAGUUACAUCCAACACUAGCAGUGUCCAGCACUCUUCCUCCUACAGUAGAUCACUGCACACUAGUGAUAUGCUAACAGAGGAUGCAGGCAGGCUAAAGCAUCAACCUGUGGCAUACCAUGUCAAGACCCCUAUGGACAGAACAUUUGAACACUCCCCAAAUCAAUUCCAAAAGAAACCUUGGAAUUAUAACUUUUCUGUUCCACAGCAAAUUAACAACGAGAUUGGAUUUCAAAACCAUUUCAUAAAGAAUCCUUCUUGCUCGUAUUCGAACAGUUAUUUUGCUAACGAACAUUCAUUUCAAAGAAAUGAUUUUGCWGAGGCGAACCAAUCUACUUCAUUUACUGUAGGAUAUCGACCUGUGAAGACUGAACCACCUCCUCCAAGAUCUCUUCACGAUUCCUGUAUGACACAACCUGAUCCUGGAGGACAAAUUAAUUCAUUUUACACCUUCCCAAAUAACAAUAGACUAGAACAUUUUAAUCAUAAUCCUGCAGAUGGGACAUGGAACUAUGGUUUUUCUGCACCAAACCAUUCAGUAAGCAAGGUUUAUCCAYCUGUUCCUGAACCAACUAUUCUCACCAAGAUGGAUCCACCUUCCCGUCUCACCACUUGCAGUGAACAAGAAGAAACUUCAUGCUUGUCUGCACCAAAUCAUGUAGUAAGCAAGGUUUAUCCUUCUUCUUCUUCAUCAAACUUACCAUCUGUUUCUGAAUCAACCACUAUCACUAAGCUGGAUGCAGCUUCUCAUCUGAACUCCUGCAGCGAGCAAGAAGACACUUCGCCUGUAAGAUUAACCUCGCCUACAACUUCAAAUAAACUCUUUCACCUUAACCCACCAAACGAGUUGCCUUYAGAGAACACUACAAAUCAAUCUACAGCUAAACACGUCGGUCUGGACAGACGUGGUUCAGAUAUCAGCUCCUCAAGUUAUACCAGCCAGUCUAGUCARGGUCCUAGCAGCGUUGACUCGAGCUGUAGUGGUGGAUCAGAUGGCGAGGGAACACCACCUCUAUCCCUUCACGGUGAUUCUCCAGAAAACAAUGAUGAACAAAAUUGCAUUUUGCACUGUGAUUUUCCAGGUUGUGGUAAGCGAUACAGCAAAAGCUCGCACUUGGGAACACACAGGAGGAUGCACACGGGAGAAAAACCCUUUUAUUGCCCGUGGACUGGAUGUCAUUGGAGAUUUCGUCGCUCGGAUGAGCUUAAAAGACAUUAYCGACGUCACACYGGAGAAAAGCCAUAUGCAUGUCCCUUAUGUGGUAGAGCUUUCAGUAGAUCUGAUCACAGAGCAUCCCACAUCAGAAAGCUGCACCCAUAUGAGCUGUCUCCUCUUUAAGGGAUGUCUUAUAUACUCUUAUAUGCACUACCACUACUACGCUCUAUGUAAGAUGUACAUUAUAUGUAGCUAGCAUGUAAAGGAAAUCUGCAGCAGAAUAUAACAAUAUUUUAUCAGUUUUAUACACAACCACACUUUGUAAAGAUGUCUAGAUUGAUAUAAUAUGUUGAUAUCACUUGGAAURUACACCUAGAAGAAUAUUAGGCUUCAGUAGUGGCCUGUCGACACUCAACUGAUUCGAUUGUUGCACUUGUUCUUACUCACACUGUCUAGAAGAAAAAAAYAAACUAUUCUUUUUAGGAUAGAUGCAAAUGAAAGCAUAUAUAGCAGUUGUGCAUUGCUAGACUUGAAGGAAAAAAACUUCCUUUUAAAUACAAUUUAUAUUUGUGUGUAUA